AGGUUUAGCUUAAAUGGGGAUGAGGAGGAAGAAGUGAGGAAGUUGGUGAGGAAGAGGGGGGAGGAAUUGAAUAUCAUGGACCUCACCAGCGCAGCAUGUAUAAAAGCUGCUGAUCUCUAUGGGCCAAGCGCUCUAAGUGAAGCUGAAAUGGACCAAUUUCUGAACACUGCUAGAGGAGCGCCCAUCCCCAAGAAGCCAAGGAAGAAGUCAAAGACUUCAGCCAAACAAGUGGAUGAGGGGAGGGCUGGGAAGGAGGUGGUACCCUUGGCGUCAGCUGGGACGGAGGAGGAGGUACCAUCGCUGAAGAGAAAGGGUUGGGAGGAGAGGAGGGCACUGCAAAAGAAGCAGAAGGUAGUAGAGGAAGAUAAGGAGGAUGAGGUUCCUAAGUUCGUACCUCAGCCUCCUUCUGUUGAGCUGGACCCCGAGCUUAGACGGUUGGAGGAGGAGGCUGAGGUACGGGCUCCUGGGAAGGGGAAGGGCCCUGUCUCCCCUGCGGUGCCUCAGAGCAGCCUGUUCGAGGCGAAGAACGUAAUGGGGGCUAGGUGGUUUAUCAAUAGCACCUUCCCCGAAGUGGACAAGCGCAACGCGCGGGAGGAAGCUCUGAGGUACGGGGGAGCAUCUGUUGUGAAGCACGUCCUUGAGAGCGCGAGCUGGGUGAAUGGUCUAGCCCAGGAGUUCAGGGAGAGUAUAAAGGAGCCCGCACUCUUGCAGAGGCAGUGUGACCAGCUGCAGAAGGAGAAGGAGUUGUUGGAGAAGAAAAAUAAACAUCUGCAAGAGUCGCUGGACGAGGUGGUUCCAACUGUGAAACAGUUGGAGCAGGAGAGGUCUUCCCUGAGCACCAAACUCGCUUUUGAAGAGAGCAAGCGAAGGAUUGCUAAAAGCGAGCGUGAGGCUCAGGCGCAAGAAAUGAAGCUGAUGACAGAGGCGUUCAAGGAGCUGAAGGGGAACAUGCGGAAGUUGGUGCAUAAUGGGAUAAAGGAGCAUAUCAGCAACUUCAUUAGUUCCAGCUCGUUUGACAGCAUCGUCAACCUGUACCGGCUGCCCACUGCCAUCAUCGCUUUCACAGACUGCAGAAAGAAGGUGAAGGCUGCAUAUCCUGAAGUGGAUGUGACAAAGGUCACCUUCGGCGAGCAAGAAGAAGGAGUAGAGGAAGAUGGUGAGAGUAUGUCAGCAGACUUUCGUCCUCAGAUCAAACUGAGGUGGGAGGAUGAUGCAGACGGUCUUGCUGUUUUUCCUCCACAGUUUGACUUUGAGUUCGUUGCAGUGGAGGAAGAAGGAGCAGAGGUAGAGGAAGACGAAGUGGAGGCAGGAGUAGAAGGAGCUGGAGUGGAUGAUAGUCAACCAAUUCCAGAAGUGGAGAUUCAUCCAGUUCCUUCUGACGAUGAGGAGCCUCCUCUGCCAGACGAGCAGCAGCCAACACAGCCACCUCUUCCAGUUGAACAGGAGCCAGUGGAGCCACCUCUCCCAGAAGAAUAAUUUGUUUGUUUUUUAAUUUUUUAAUUUUUUGUAAAGACAUUUAUAGCUUGUAAUCUUUAUUUUAAUUGAAAUGAAAAUUUAUAUUUGAAAUCAUGUGUUUGUUUCUAUUUGCUUUACAUUUUUGGUAUUAUUUUUUAUUAAUAAAAGAACUGAGAUUGU